UGAUUCGAAAUUAUUUUUAAAAUUAAAAUAAUAUAUUUCGAUAUUAUAAUCAUCGUUUCGCUUCAAAAACAUAUAUUUUUAAAAAAAAAGUGUAUUGAGUUUUGGGCGGUAAAAAUGAUACAAUGCAGAAACAAAACGAAAGCAAUAUAGAAAGAUGGCUUCCAAAACACCUUGCCAGGUAUUGGAUACCAGAUCAGAGCUUGCAGAACUUGUUAAAAGAAGAAGCGAAAUCGCAGAGACAUUAGCCAAUCUUGAAAGACAGAUCUAUGCCUUUGAAGGAAGUUAUUUAGAAGAUACACAGUUGUAUGGGAAUAUCAUCCGUGGUUGGGAUAGAUAUUUAGCAACCAAUAAAACUACUAAUAGUAAAGCUGAUAAAAGAAAUAGAAAAUUUAAAGAAGCUGAACGACUCUUUUCUAAAUCAUCAAUCACAUCAAUAGCAGCAGUCACUGGAUUAUCAGACAAAGAUGAUAAAGGAGAAAUUUGCAGUGAAUCAGAAAUUCAGGUUAAUAAUAGUGGAAGUGAAGAAAAUAUUCCACUCACUGAAUCAAUGGUUAACUCUGUGGAUAGAACUGGAAUGUCAUCAACUUCAAGUAGUAGCAGUAGUUCAUCAUCGUCAUCAUCAAUAGCUGAGAGUCACUCACCACAAAGUUUUUUAGGUAGUCCCCCAGCAAAAAUUGCUAAAACAGCACCAAGAAUGAAGAAGAAUACAAAAAAAUUAAGACACAGAUUUGAAGGAAAAUUAAAGAAAGGAAGAGGUAAAUAACUCAAAAUAUUUUACACAGCCUUAAAAAAAAUGAUAUUUUACGAACAAUUUUAAUACAGUCAAACUUCCAUAUUAUGAACUUCUAUAUAGUGAAUUUUUUGUAUAACAAAUUUUUGCAUUGUAUACUGCUCUUUCAGCCAAAAAAUAUGUGUAAUAUUGCUUCUAAAUAACAAAGUUAAAUUUCUAUAUAAUGAACGAAUUUGUAAGAACUAUUGAUCAUUAAAAGUCGAUUACUCCCAUCUGUGUUGAGUUCAAAUUUUGGUUCAAUUUCAGGUGUAACCAUUUGUAAAGCCACAUCCCAAAUGUGAGAAACAAUGGUAAUUAGCUUUUAAAAUCAUGUAAUCUGACCCUCCACAUAGUAAAAGAGGAGGAGAGAGAUUAGAACCAAAUGCAGUUGUUGAUAGAUAAACGAUUUAUAAUUAACAAAUGUCAAAAAUGCUAGAAAGCUGAUAAUUUUGACAACUGCUGGACUAAUUUUUUAGGUUAGUGAGAUUUUAUUUUAUUCAAUAAGUCUUCCAGUUGAAAUUUGAAGAACUGUUAAUAUAAUGUUUAAGCAUUACUAAGAAAAAAUUAAUGUGUUGCAGAUGUUGAUAAAGGCUCAAAAAAUAAAGACAUUGUAGCAAAGUUUGGAAUUCCCAUGAGUGGUUCAUCAACCUUAAUAACAAAUCACAAAUCAAUUUUGAAAUUAGCUGAUGAUGCAAGACUUACAUGAAAAUGUGCUAAAAUCAGCAUUUACAUUGAUGUAGAUGAAGCAGUUUUAAUGCUCUUAAUAAGUGUGAAACAUA